AUGCGUGGAACUUGGAACGCGUCGGGGUCGAAUAAAAAGCCUUCAAAGUCUGCUUUCAGCCCAGGAUCCAUUAUACCACCCACGCUGCCCUCUCCACCCACAAUGGCGUCCUUCAAGACUGCUUUGGCUUUGGCCCUCUUCUACUGUGCCUCCAGUGUGAGCACCCUCGCUCCAACAGUCGGUCGCACAUGUGCCACGACGACUCUCACCGACAAAGAGGUCGCUGCGGCCCAGGAGCACUUUCUAGAGCACCGGAAACCUGUCAGAAAUAGUGCCUUCGCGAAGGCCGCUCCAAUCAAUGUGUACUUCCACGUCGUGCACAAGGACCGGACAGUUAAUGGAGGAUUCAUCCCAGAUACAGCUAUUGCGAACCAGAUUCAAGUUUUGAACGAUGACUAUGCAAGCACUGGCUUCAGUUUCGCCCUCCGAAACGUGUCUCGCAUCCAAAACGCGGAGUGGUUUAAUAGGCUGGGGCCGUUCGAUACCGACUACAUGGAAUUCGAAAUGAAGCGCCGCUAUCGUCAAGGCGGGGCUGCUGAUCUGAAUGUCUAUACCGUCGGCUUCGAAACUGGCGCUUCAGAAGGCCUCCUGGGAUACGCCUUUUACCCCUUCGAAUACGCCAAAGACCCGCAGCGGGACGGCGUUAUCGUCCACCAUGCAUCCGUCCCUGGGGGAAGCCUCGCCGCGUACAACCUCGGGCGAACGCUGACGCACGAGGCGGGUCAUUGGAUGGGGUUGUACCACACCUGGCAGGGCAGGUGCACGAAUAUCGAGGGAGGCGAUUUGGUUGACGACACCCCGGUGGAGAACGAGCCGUCGUAUGGAUGCCCAGUGGGGAGGGAUACGUGCCCUCAAGCGCCGGGGGUGGAUUCGAUCCGCAAUUUCAUGAACUAUGCAGACGACUCGUGCAUGACCAACUUCACGCCCGGACAGGCCACGCGCAUGAAGGAACAGGCAGUAACCUAUCGCCAGAUCGUGGUCUGA